UGCCAGCUUGAACCUGGCGAGGGGAACGAACCUUAAUCGUUGUCUGCCGACGAAAGGACUUCGCGAUGAAGUAAAUAAACAAAAAAUAAAAUGAAUACUGUUGAGAAGAAGCUAGCGGACUUGAUACGUGAACACCCGAAUUUAUAUGACCAAUCCCGGCGGGACUACAAAGACAAUCUGAAGGGGCAUUUGUCGUGGAGGGAUAUUGCAGACGACAUGGGAAAGUCGGAGGAGGAGGUGAAAUUGAAAUGGAAAAAUCUACGCGACAAGUUCUGUAAGGCGAAGAAGCGAAUGGCCAAGAGGAGCUUCCCUCUGCUGACAAGCGACGAGAACCUGGUGGAGAGGCCCGUCCCGGUGCUGUACCACCAGCUAGCCUGGCUCAGCGCUUAUGUCAAACCUAGAGUAGAAAGUGGCAAGGGAGAGACCGACGAGGUAGCUGUAAGUGGCGAGGACGUGGAGAAAGAGCAAAAUAAAGACGAGAAGGAGCAACAAUGUACCAUGCCUGUUGUUAGUACUAGCUUUUCUCUUGUGGAGUCCUGUCCAAACAAUCAUCAGGAGAUGGGAGUGUCUCUUAAACGUAAAAGGCAAACCACUACAGAAACUGAGAUAAGCUCUGCAGAUGCCCUGACCAACCUCAGAGAUGAAGAUGAACUUUUCCUGCUCAGCCUUCUGCCUUCAUUAAAGAGGCUUACCAUUAAAAAAAGAAUGGAGGUACGGAUGAAAUUCCAGCAAGUGCUUUAUGCUGCAGAGUUUGAGGACUAAAUGACUCCUAAAAGGCAAUACAAAUUGUAUGACCAGUGAUUUUGGAAUAAUUAUGAUUCUUCAUUCAACCUAUAAAUAUAUUUUUUUAAAUUAUAACUUUAAUAUUUAUUUUUGGAUCACCACUGCUAUUAUAAAUAUCAAUAUUUAGAUGUCUAUAAUUCAGUGUUGUGAGAUUUGUCUAUGUAACAGUAUAACCCGACCGAUAUUAAGGCUGAAACCGAUACAAAUAUUUGGUUAUUUAAAAAUUCAAUAUUCAGAUAUAUCGGCCAAUAUAUAAAAAAAAAAAAAUUAUCCAGUCAUUAUAAAUGCCGAUAUUGUUAGUUGGGAAAUGUCUAAUAUCGGCCCGCCGAUAAAUCGGUCAGCCCAUUUUGUCCACACCCAUUCAUGUCAUUUGGCCUUGCGCUAGGAAAUGGUGUGCAUGUGUUAACUUGGUAACUCAGAGUGAUAAAAAAUCUGAAAAUUAGUUUCAACCCAUUGCUGAUAAACUUUUCUUUUGAAAAUAUCCGCAGACAGAACACACAAAUGCUACAAUUACACAAUAUUAUUACCACUUACACAGAUAAAACCUGUUAAACAGUACCAGCUCACUUCACUAAUAUAUAUAUA